AAUAAAAAUGUUGUUAGGAUACCAAAAUCUCACUCAACCGACACAAUAAUAUUCGUCUCGCCAAAAAUAAUGAAAUCGUUUUAUCGAUCAAUCAACCCAUCCAAAGGAAAGUUCCGAUUCACAAAAUCUGGGUGGAGGAACAAGGUUCAAGAACGUUAAGUCCAUAUUGUCCUUCUUUUAAUCCAUCAAUUUCUCCCCUUUAAUCCGUCCCCUCCUUCUUUUCUCUGUAAAACAUUGCACUCUUCGUCCUCACGUCAUGUCUUUUCCCCAAAAAAAUCAGCCAGACGACGUCCCCGACGAUGAAGAAAUCGGCAAUGAUAACAACGAAGAAGGCGAAAAUGAGGACACGAUCAAAGAAAUUGAAUCAAUUUUAGCACAAUUUGACGCCCAAGAAGAAGAACAAGAUGGCGAUCAAGUCCCAGCAAAUGAAGAAGAACAGGAACAAGAACAAGACAUCGUUCCGUACAUGUCAUCGUUUCAAAACGACCCACAAACUGAAGUUGAAGAGAUCCUUGCCCCCGCGAAAGGAAAGAAAACACUGUAUUUUAGAAGUCGCAGUAGUUCAAAUUCGAGAAUUUCAUUACAAGAACAACUUGACGACGAUCAAGCCUGGACAAUUCAGAACGAUGUUGAAUACAAUUCCGACGAGGACAACGAAGCAGAAGACCAGGAAAACGGCGACCACACCGAAUUGGCUAAACUCCUCCAGGAAAUUUCCAACUUUGAAGAAAACCUUGAAAAUCCCGCCGAUUUACCACCUUACGAUCCCGCCUACGACGCUGAUUACUUCUACGAUUACGAUUACACUCUGCAAGACGACGACGAUGGCACUUAUGUCCGCUACAGUUUCGAAGAUAACGUCGAAAAUGAAGACGAGGAGGAGGAGGACGAAAUUCUCCCCAGAAUCGACAGUUCUCAAGCUUUUCUCGACACGGUGAUGACAAUUCCGGAAGAAGAGGGAGACGACGCGCUGGAUAAGGCCGCCCUCAUGUCCGACGUGAAGGACUUGUUAGCCUCGUUUUGUCAGGAUGAGUCGAGAGUUUGUGACGACGAGGAAACGACGCCUGUCGAGGAGUCGAGCACUCUUCCAGUUCAUGACCGGUGUCCAUCGAUCGAGUCGUUUUUCAAGCAGGAGCGAGGGGCCUCCGUCUUCAUUUAUUUGGUUCCUGGGCGAAAAAUGAUGUCGAAACAUGUUCCCCUCGACACGACCAUCUUUCAACUUAAGUCAUCCGUCUCCCGUUUCUGCAAACUGUCCCCUGAACUCUUAGACUUCCGUCUGAAACACAACCUUCUCUCGAAUGCGAAAACUCUCCUCGAGCUGGGCGCCACCCCGCAGAAAAAGAUGCGUUUUACCGUCGAGCUGAAUAAACGGAUGGUCAUAGGCGACGUGCUCCCGAUCCUGCACGUUCCGGAAAUCAGUGACAAACCGGAAACGGAACGGGGCGACACGGUCCAGAUGGUGAACGUGGUCGUCAAAGAUGGUGACGACCAGGGGGGCGUCGUCACCACGGUUCAGAGAAAAGUGGUCGUCGUCCAUCCGAAAGAGAGGAAACCCAUGUUGGGCGGGUUCAAGGACAAAAGAACGGCCACCGUGUACCACGACGCGGCCACGAUGGUCGCCACGGCAGAUUUAUUGGAGGGGGAGGAAACAGAAGAGGAUGUCAGUGGGGAGGAAACGUGUCGAAAAGUUGACAUUUUAAAUCAAUGUCAGGUCUGGAAGAAGGGGAAGAAACCCAGCACGGCGGAGAGGAUGGAUAGAGUCUACUCGAACAAUGAAAUCACGACGCAAACCCCUCUCUCAACCUGGACACAAGUCGAUGUUCCUGGCGUUUACUACUCCAGCGAAGGCAAGGACAUCGUCGUCUACUCGAAGCGAUACCGAACGUACGAAGAAGUCCAAGCCGAACGGGCCCGCGCGGUCACCACGAUUGCGAAAUAUUGGCGAAAAUUGACCGCCAAGAGGAACCGCCAGAGACGAUUUGACACCCUCAUCGCCCGUGUCGACCACGCCGAAAAGAUCCGCAAAGGGAGGCAGGAAGAGAGGAAGCGCAUCAUGGAGGAAGAAUUGCACCGACAACAAAACCCGACCCGACUCCUCGACCUUGAACUCCUUUACCGAGAAAUCAACAACUGGCGAGAAGAGCAGGAAACCUACAUCUUAAAGAACCGCUGGGGUCCGGAGCGCAAAGCCGCGUUGGCCACGCUCGCAGAAAUGGAGUCGGAUCUCCUCCUGGAAUUAGAGCGGACGAAGCGCAACAUCAUCACGAGAGGAAGAAAUAGAUUUAUGCAUGGCCAGUUUAAACAGAUGUGCCUCCCGAGACGUUGGUUUAACCCGAAAUCGUCCUGUUUCCUGUCCUUCGACACCGAGGGGCGAGUCAAAUGCCGGAAAUUGCACGAUAUAUAUAAAGCUUUGCUCCAACGCGUCGAACCCACGGAGGAAGGACAUCGAAGGAGAUUAGACUUGAUCAAAGGCGUUCAUAAGCUGCUCAUGAUCCAAACUGACACCAUGAAGCGUGCCCAAAUCCCGUUAGCGGACAUGUUGACGGAGCUCUUCUCCAGAGAAAUUAAGUUUAUGAACACUCCUGGAGUCAAUAAGCUCCUCUCCGGAAUUCGGAAGAGGGUGGCCAAUACGUUCUUCUAUUUGUGUAUGGAUCCCGCAUUUAACGAUGACGCCCAAAGAGUUGAUAAGAUUCCGUGGGACUCUGUAAAACUGAAGAAGGACAUGAUUCAGUGUAAAGGAUGUAGGAAAAUCCAGUACAAAGACGACUUCAUAAUUGAGAAAGGGACGAAAUUGACGCAGCGCUGCAGAACGUGCGUUGGGCUCUACCGCACCGCAAUUCUCCGCAUUGACCUCAAUUUGUACCGGCAAAUGUUGGACGAGCUGAGACGCGACGAGUUUCAGGCUGGCGUCCCCAACUCGAUGUCAUACCUUAUCGACGCAUUCGACAUGCGCGUCCUUGUCGAGCACAUUUGGCACUCACAAUCCGCCCUGUCCGGAAGUGCGAACCGGUACAUGUUGCGCCUGUGUCGCUGGAAGCGAGAAUUCCCGUGGUCGCCUUGGAACACGGUCCUCCUCACGGAGGAGGAAGCCAUAGCGCAUCUCCACCUUGAAGAGAUGGAGUCGGCUUAUCGACCCUCCUUGAUGCACAAAGUUAAAGUGAAACAUGCCACUGCGAAAAUCUAUUUUCAAGGCUUGGCGAAAUUUGCGCUUCGACUGGACGACCGUGUCGCCGAGUCGUGUCAGAAGAUUAAGGAAUCCGAAAAAAGAGCACUUUCUUCGAUUAAACGGUUGAAAAAGAGGGUCAACUAUGUCGGACUUUUCCAUCAAACCAUGCUCGCCAGAGGGGGAGGAGGAGGAGGAACAAGCAUUAGUGCAGGAGGACAUGUCAUGGCUUAACUGUAAUUAAGAAAUAAUUAGUAAAAUGUAGGCAGCAUGUCAUGAUUAGGUAAAAAAACGUAUGUAUAAUAUGGUGAGAAAAAUAAUGAUAAUAAACUCCGGAGAAUCACGAAAUGGUCGUACAUAUGUACGCAUUUUUGGAAAUAAUUACUAAUUUAGCAUCAAAAUUCGUAAUCCAAAUUUUACAAAUUUUAAUUCCCAUUUCAUUAGCUUAUAUAAUAAAUUGAUAACCUGUGUAGCGUCGCAUAAAUCAUCAAGUGGUCAUAUACUUUGGAAAUAAUUAUUUAUUAAGAUUCGGAAAUUUAGAGGUCCAAAUUUUUGUAAAUUUUAAUUCCCAUUUCAUCUUCUUAUGUAGCGAAACCUAGCGUCGAAUAAAGGAACAAGAAUUAGUGCUGGAGGACAUGGCUUAACUUAACUAUAAUUAAACAGGAUAAUUAGUAAAAUGUAGGUAGCAUGUCAUCAUGAUUAGGUAAAAAAAUGUAUGAAAUGGUGAGAAAAAUAAUGAUA